CCAAUUCAAAGGAAUAUAUUUGUUCAAUCCAAGCCAUAGCCCUCGUUUUCGGCGAUUGCCUUCUUUCGCUGCUUCCGUUGAGUUUCUUCAAUCGCCGUGUCAUUCAGCGUAUCAUGAACAAGUUCUGACUGCUUGAAGAAUGACGAAUGCGUACACAUUUGAUGGCCUGCUCGUUUUCGGACUCCUGCUGAUUUGCACCUGCGCUUACAUGCGUAGGGUGCCCCGAUUGAAACAAUGGUUCCUCUCCGAAAAGAAGGGCUUCUUCGGCGUCUUCUAUAAAGCAUCCGUCAUAGGCACUCGUCUCCACCUCCUAGUCUCCCUGACGUGCGUCGCGGCAGGAUUCUACCUUCUUUUUGUCAAGUGAAGCGACGAGCCAAAGAUGCUGCUGUUCUGCCCGACGUGCGCCAACAUCCUCAUUGUGGAACAAGGCUUGGAGUGCUUCCGUUUCGCCUGCAACACAUGCCCCUACGUGCACAACAUCAAGGCGAAGAUGUCGAAUCGGAAGUACCCGCGGCUCAAGGACGUGGACGACGUGCUCGGCGGUGCAGCCGCUUGGGAGAAUGUUGACUCGACCGAAGAGAAGUGCCCCAAGUGUGGCCAUGAGCGGGCCUAUUUUAUGCAGAUCCAGACUAGGUCGGCCGACGAGCCCAUGACCACCUUCUACAAGUGCUGCAACCAGCUCUGUGGCCACCAGUGGAGGGAGUGACAGAUGGCGGCUUUGACGAACUCAUGCCCGUGCAAAUUGCGUCGGGGGGAGAGAGUUUUGGAAUAAAACAUGCGCCUUACUUUCC